AUGGCAAUAGAGAUUGUACAACCAAGUGUUGCUGGGUUAUCAAAGAUUGCAGUUUCAGAAACUCAUGGAGAAAACUCUCCAUAUUUUGCUGGUUGGAAAGCUUAUGAUGAAAACCCUUAUCAUGAAAUGCAUAACCCUUCUGGUGUCAUACAGAUGGGGUUAGCUGAAAACCAGGUUUCGUUCGAUUUGGUCGAAAAAUACUUGGAAUCCAAUCAAGAAGCAGCAAGCUGGGGGAAGAAGGUUUCUGGGUUUAAAGAGAAUGCUUUGUUUCAAGAUUACCAUGGAUUGUUGAGUUUCAGAAAGGCAAUGGCAAGUUUUAUGGAACAAGUGAGGGGAGGAAAAGCGAGAUUUGACCCCGAAAGAGUCGUUUUAACAGCGGGUGCAACCGCCGCCAACGAGCUUUUAACCUUCGUUUUGGCCGAUCCCGGUGAUGCGUUGCUUGUCCCGACUCCUUACUAUCCCGGAUUUGACAGAGAUCUGAGAUGGAGAACCGGUGUCGAAAUCGUUCCGAUUCACUGCGAAAGCUCGAACAAUUUCCAGGUUACGCCACAAGCCCUAGAAUCAGCAUACGAUCAUGCAACGUCGAUGAACAUGAAAGUAAGAGGGGUUCUGAUAACGAACCCUUCGAACCCGUUGGGUGCAACCAUCCAACGGAAAGUUCUAGAAGAAAUCCUAGAUUUCGUCACACGAAAAAACAUCCACCUAGUAUCGGACGAAAUCUACUCGGGAUCGGUCUUCCACUCCAACGAAUUCGUCAGCAUUGCGGAAGUACUCGAAUCGAGAAACUACAAAGACUCGGAACGUUGCCACAUCGUUUAUAGCCUCUCGAAAGAUCUCGGCCUUCCGGGGUUCCGAGUAGGGACGGUGUAUUCUUACAACGAUCAGGUAGUGACGACGGCCCGAAGAAUGUCGAGUUUCACGUUGAUUUCGUCGCAAACGCAGCUUCUGUUGGCAUCGAUGUUAUCGGAUAACGAAUUCACCGAGAAAUAUAUAAAGAUCAAUCGAGAAAGAUUGAGGAAGAGAUACGAAACGAUCGUUGCGGGGUUGAAGAAGGCCGGAAUCGAGUGUUUGAAAGGGAACGCCGGGUUGUUUUGUUGGAUGAAUUUGAGUCCUUAUUUGUCGGAAAACACAAAAUCCGGUGAACUGGAGAUUUGGAAGACGAUCAUGGAGGAAGUGCGGUUGAAUAUCUCGCCGGGAAGUUCUUGCCGGUGCUCGGAAGCCGGCUGGUUUAGGGUUUGCUUUGCAAAUAUGAGUGAAGAAACACUUGAAGUUGCAUUGUCGAGAUUGCAUGAGUUUAUGGAUAGAAGGAGAAGAGAUCGGAAUUUGUUGUCUGUUUUGUAA